ACCUCUGCUCUAUAGGCGCCUCUUUCACCACCGCACCACAGAGCCAGAGUCGUCCAUCCCGGGUGUCUUUCAUUCAGCCGGAGGCCCCCCCAGUCGAACCCCCUUCCUGUGCCUGGGGACGAGGCUGGUGCCUGGGCGUCCAGGCCGAGCACAGACCGGGGCCUGGAUUCUCCUCAUCUGCGGCGGAAGCAAAGCGAAGACUGAAUUUUGAGGCGUUUUCCCGCUUCUCUUUCAUUCACUGGGCCUUUAUGUGUGAGGGGGACACGAGAAAACACAUUUUUCUUUGAGGUGUGGGAUGGACAAUCUGAGCUGAACAUGGGAUCCAUAGCGUCGAAUGCUUUCCAGCUGUGUGGAAAACAGGCGGAGCGAGAGGAGGAGCGAUACCUGCGAGCCAACGACAGACCCUUCAACCUCUCGUACACCUAUACCAACAACGCCAUCACAACCUCCAAGUACAACAUCUUCACCUUCCUGCCGCUCAACCUCUUCGAGCAGUUCGGGAGACUCGCCAACACCUACUUCCUCUUCCUCUUGUUACUGCAGCUCAUCCCACAAAUCUCCUCUCUCUCCUGGUUCACCACGGCCGUGCCUCUGAUCCUCGUGCUGUCUAUCACAGCCGUCAAGGACGCCAGCGAUGACAUAAACAGACACAGAAGUGACAAACAGGUGAACAACCGCCGAGUGGACGUCCUCAUCGAUGGAGAACUGAGAAGUGAGAAGUGGAUGAACGUUCAGGUCGGAGACAUCAUCAAACUGGAGAAUAAUCAGUUUGUUACAGCCGACCUCCUGCUGCUGUCCAGCAGUGAGCCUCUCAAUCUGGUGUAUGUAGAAACAGCAGAAUUAGACGGUGAAACCAAUCUGAAGGUGAAACAGGCCCUGACUGUAACUGGAGAACUGGGGGACAGAGUGGACGCACUGGCUGGUUUCAACGGUGAAGUUCGCUGUGAGCCUCCCAACAACCGUCUGGACAAGUUCAAAGGCACCAUGACUCUGAGCGGACAGGCCUACUCCCUGGACAACGACAAGGUGCUGCUGCGGGGCUGCACCCUGAGGAACACGGAGUGGUGCUUCGGCCUGGUCAUCUUCGGAGGUCCCGACACCAAGCUGAUGCAGAACAGUGGAAAGACGACGCUCAAACGGACGAGCAUCGACCACCUGAUGAAUGUCCUGGUGUUGUCUAUCUUCGGUUUCCUGGCGUUCAUGUGCACCGUCAUGGCCAUCGGCAAUGCGAUCUGGGAGGUGCGUGAGGGCUUCGUGUUCACGCCCUUCCUCCCCCGGGAGCCAGGCAUCGAUGCCGCCCUCUCCUCCUUCCUCUCCUUCUGGUCCUACGUCAUCGUCCUCAACACGGUGGUGCCCAUCUCUCUCUACGUCAGCGUGGAGAUCAUCCGCCUGGGGAACAGCUUCUACAUCGACUGGGACAGGAAGAUGUACUACCCCAAGAGCGACACCCCUGCCCAGGCUCGGACCACCACGCUCAACGAGGAGCUCGGACAGAUCAAAUACAUCUUCAGCGACAAGACGGGCACCCUGACGCAGAACGUCAUGACCUUCAACAAGUGCUCCAUCAACGGGAAGAGUUAUGGGGAGCUGUUUGACUUUGCCGGACAACGGGUGGAAAUCACAGAGAAGACGGAGAAAGUGGACUUCAGGAACGAGCUGGCGGAUCCGAAGUUCACCUUCCACGACCACAGCCUGGUGGAGACGGUGAAGGGGGGAAACCUGGAGGCUCAGGCCUUCUUCCGCCUGCUGGCUCUGUGCCACACCGUCAUGCCCGAGGAGAAGAAAGAGGGAGAGCUCUACUACCAGGCUCAGUCCCCCGACGAGGGCGCUCUGGUGACGGCGGCGAGAAACUUUGGCUUCGUGUUCCGCUCACGUACGCCAGAGACCAUCACCGUCUUCGAGAUGGGCAAAAAAGUUGUCUACGAACUUCUGGCCGUCCUCGACUUCAAUAACGUGCGCAAGAGGAUGUCCGUCAUAGUGCGUAGCCCUGAGGGGAAGUUGACUCUGUUCUGCAAAGGAGCCGACACCAUCAUCUUUGAAAGACUCCACCCGUCCUGCAACGAACUGACGGCGGCCACCACCAGACACCUGAACGAAUACGCAGGCGACGGCCUCCGCACGCUGGCUCUGGCCUACAAGGACAUAGAUAAGAGCUACAUGGAGGACUGGAAACAGCGCCACCAUGAGGCCAGCACCGCCAUGGAUGGACGGGAGGAGAUGCUCGAUGAGCUUUAUGAAGAGAUGGAGAAAGACCUCAUGCUGCUGGGAGCGACUGCUGUGGAGGACAAGCUGCAGGACGGGGUUCCACAGACCAUAGAGCAACUGGCUAAAGCUGACAUCAAGAUUUGGGUGUUGACCGGAGAUAAACAAGAGACGGCGGAGAACAUCGGCUACUCCUGCAACAUGCUGAGGGAGGAGAUGAAGAAGAUUUUCAUCGUGGCAGCUAACACGCCUGAAGGAGUCAAAGAGGAGCUUCAGAAAGCAAGGAGGGAAAUGUGUCCCGAGGCAGCGGACGAGCCGAGUGUGGUCCGGGCUCGUGCCGGCCUCUUCUGGAGUCACAAAACUGAGACGGUGCAGGAUGAGAAGGUGGAGGGAGACUACGGCCUCGUUAUAAACGGACACAGUCUGGCCUUCGCUCUGGAGAAGGACCUGCAGCUGGAGCUGCUGAGGACAGCGUGCAUGUGUCAGACGGUGAUCUGCUGCAGGGUCACUCCUCUGCAGAAGGCCCAGGUGGUGCAGCUGGUGAAGAAAUACAAGCAGGUCAUCACUCUGGCCAUCGGGGACGGAGCCAACGAUGUCAGCAUGAUCAAGGCUGCUCAUAUCGGAGUGGGCAUCAGUGGGCAGGAGGGCAUGCAGGCCGUCCUCUCCAGCGACUUCUCCUUCGCCCAGUUCCGUUACCUCCAGCGCCUCCUGCUGGUGCACGGCCGCUGGUCGUACCUACGCAUGUGCAAGUUCCUACAGUAUUUCUUUUACAAGAACUUCAUCUUCACCUUCGUGCAUUUCUGGUACGCCUUCUUCUGUGGCUUCUCCGCACAGACUGUGUACGACGAGUGGUUCAUCACUCUGUACAACCUCCUGUACACAGCUCUCCCCAUCCUCGGUUUGAGCCUCUUUGACCAGGACGUGAACGACCGCUGGAGUUUCCAGUAUCCUCAGCUCUAUGCUCCCGGUCAGCUCAACCUCUACUUCAAUAAGAAAGCCUUUGUGCGCUGCCUGUUGCACAGCGCCUACAGCUCCCUCAUCCUCUUCUUCAUCCCGUGGGCGGCCAUGUACGACACAGUCCGGGACGACGGCAAAGACAUCUCCGACUACCAGUCCUUCGCUCUGCUGGCACAGACGUCUCUGCUGGUGGUGGUGAACUUACAGCUGUGUCUGGACACCUACUACUGGACGGCCGUGAACCAGUUCUUUGUGUGGGGCAGCCUCGCCGCCUACUUUGCCAUCACGUUCACCAUAUACAGCAACGGCAUGUUCCUUAUCUUCACCUCCUCCUUCCCCUUCAUCGGUACGGCGAGAAACUCUCUGAACCAGCCCAACGUGUGGCUGACCAUCUUCCUGUCCACCCUCCUCUGUAUUCUGCCGGUGGUGGCGUUCCGCUUCAUCCUCAUCCAGCUCCGGCCCACCAUCAAUGACAAGGUGAGACAUAAGGUGCGGAAGGAGGCGUUGCCGGCCCCUGCACCUCGCAUACCUAGAAGGAGAAUCAGCACCCGGCGCUCCGGCUACGCCUUCUCCCACUCGCAGGGCUUCGGGGAGCUGGUGACGUCCCGGAGGUUCCUGCUGAAGAGGCCCCUGAGGAGUCGACCGGCGCUGUUCGCCACGACCGACUCUCCUCUGGCCCAGAAUCAGCCUCAGCACUACCGCACCAUCACAGAGGAGCAGGAGGAGACGCAGAGCCGGUAGAGAGGAGGUGAGCGGGGACCGAACAUCUGCAGGGGACCGACCCAACGAUGUAGAAAGUCUUUUAUUUUGAAGCUCACUCGUGAGAGGAUGCACAGGGUAAAGUUCACCACCUGGAUUCUUACCAGGUCAAACUUUUUAUAAAAAAAAUUCUGUCCCACCUCCUGUUAAUGCUGCAAUUCCACUAGAGGGCAAUCACGAGCUAGUCCUCAAUGAAAUGUAGUAAUUAGCUAAAAUAGUUAAUUACAAGAAAAUGACUUUAAUUUUAAUCUUUCGAAUAUAGAUGUCAUAAUUUGAAAAGUACUAAUGUCCCUUCGAGUUCUUACUGGGAGGGCAAAUGGGAAUCUGGCUAAUGUUGCAGCUUCUAACUGGUCAUGGUGGCGUUAGUGACUUUAUUCCAUCAGUUUAAUGGUGAAUGCAGUAAACAUGUCUGGUGCUGUGCGACGUCACAGAGACAAACAGAAAGCUGUAAAAUUACUUCUAUAAAAACACAAAUGAAAUUGGUAGAAACUUUCUUUUGACCCCUUGUACGUUACGUUUCGAGGCUUUAGCUCCACACGCUCCUACGCUUCUCUGGUUUUUUCUAAUGGGUGAAUAUUUUUUAUCAUUGUUAAAAGAUGUUUGCAGCUCUCACACAGGAAGUACAACUGUCUCAAACUGUACUCGGCUUUACUACAUUCGAUGGGGAAUCAAGUUAAAAUGUGUUAUGAUGUUCUCUGUGAUGAUCUCCUGUCUCAUGCAUGAUUUAACAGCGGAACCGAGACAGUAAGAAGCUCAUAUUAAGCUUUGGGACACUCAGAAAACUGAUGAAUAUUGUGUCAUACAAAACCAAAUUCUUCAUCUUUUUAUUGGUUAAGUGAGAAGCCGGAAACACGACGUUGCAUUUUGUGCCUUUUAAUUAUUUUCAAAUUUUCCUCCAGUGAAUUGUCAAAACUCAGGGUGUCAUUUUGAGAAAGUAAAACACGGUGAUUUCUGUUGAAGACUGUGAUGAACCUAUUUUCCACACUGUUGUUUACAUGAUUAUUUACAUUAAACAUUGUUUUAUUAUUGUCGU